AUGUUGCUGAAAGCGCCCGAUCUACUAAAGUCUCUAUUGGGGGUACUGCUCCGAUUUCGCGAACGACGUUUCGCAGGUUGUGGAGAUAUACGCGAAAUGUUCCACCAGAUUAAAAUUAUAAAAGAAGAUCAAGUGGCGCAAAAAUUUCUUUGGCGAAACGAUGGCUCGUCUCGCGACUAUGAUAUCUAUGUGAUGAGGGUUAUGACAUUCGGCGCUUCGUGGUCGCCUUCCUUGGCGAACUACAUACAAAAUCGUAACGCUCAACGAUUUGCUGAUCUUCAUCCCGACGCCGAACGGGCCAUCGUUAGUAACACAUUUGUUGACGACUGGCUUCAGAGUGCAGACUCUGAAAAUGAAUUGGCUCGUCUAGCAACUAAAGUUCGUUGGGUUCAUCAGGAGGGCGGAUUCCAAAUGAGAAAUUGGAAAUCUAAUUCCAAACACGUACUAUUUCCAUUAGAUGCUGACGACGUUCCAGCCGCCAAAUAUUUUGAAGAGCCAGAAGCCGUUAUAGAAAAGGAAGUUUUUAAUAAAAAUACGAUCGUGUCGAAGCGACAAAUUUUGCGCACAAUAAUGACGAUUUUCGAUCCUAUGGGUUUGCUCGGUUUUGUCAUUGUACAGGCAAAAAUUAUUUUACAAGAUGUCUGGCGCUCCGGGGUAGGUUGGGAUAAACCGAUUAAAGAAGAAGAAGGUUGCAACUGGUUUCGUUGGGUAAAACGCAUUCCUGCGAACAACGGCAGAAAAAUUCCCCGUUGCCUUUCACUUGCCAGCGAAAACCAAAAUAAUCAGAUGCACAUUUUUAUAGAUGCAAGCAUAAAAGCCUACGCUGCGGUCGCCUACAUCCGUGGACCUAAAUUCCUACUAGAACGAGAGUCAAGCUGGCCAAUUAUACAAUUUCCAGAUGAUGACGAAGAGACAGUUGAGGUUCUACAGCAUAUGGAUUUCGCUAACAACUCAUUGGGUACGACCGCAGAAAUAACCCCGGAUGUAAAAAGAUUUAGUACAUGGGUGAAGCUUCGCAGUGCGCAUCGAUUUGUUUUACGUUUUCUACGAUUGGUUACGAAGGGAAAGCCACGUUCUCAGUUUCUUCAAAAGCUCCUCAACCCGGACAACAUAGAGACAGCAGAGCUUGCAAUUAUGCUUAAUUGUCAAAGCGAGGUGUUCCAUGAAGAGAUCUGUCGUCUGCGUAAUGGUGAGGAAAUUAAUCGAAAAUCUUUUCUUUUCAAGUUCUCCCCAUACUUAGACCAGAUUGGCCUGCUGCGAGUAAAAGGUAGAAUUGAUGCUGUUGAGGGUGUUGCCAUUAAUGUCAAGCGUCCAAUAAUCCUGCCACGCAAGCACGACGUAACGCGACUACUCGUCGAUUUCUAUCACAGGAAAUUUCACCACCAUCACAACGAGAUCGUCGUCAACGAGAUGAGGCAAAGGUUCUGCAUCUCCGCCUUAAGAAGGCUGGUAAAAGAAUGUGCUGCAAAAUGUCAAACCUGCCGGAACCGUAGGGCUUCUCCACAACCUCCUCAAAUGAGAGAUCUGCCAAUGGAACGUGUGUCACCUUUUACCAGGCCGUUCACCUUUACAGGGGUUGACUAUUUCGGACCAAUGGACGUUGUAAUUGGCCGCAGGCGUGAAAAGCGGUGGGGUGCUUUAUUCACAUGCCUUACCACCCGCGCAGUUCACAUUGAAAUCUCACCUACUUUAUCUACCGAGUCGUUUUUGCUGAUUUUUAAACAAUUUGUGAGUCGCCGUGGAGUACCGAAGCGAAUUAUUUCGGACAACGGCACCAAUUUUCGCGGUGCUAGUGUACUUCUAAUAAAAGAAAUUGAAAGAAUAUCGUCUGAGGAUAUAGAAAGGAAAUACCCUGAAAUUGAAUGGAUUUUUAUUCCCCCCGCUUCACCACAUAUGGGAGGGUCAUGGGAGCGCAUGAUACGUUCUACGAAACCGAUUCUAAUGGACAUUCUACCAGAUUCCGGUAUGCGAGAGGAGGUGUUAAGAGCCAUUCUAGCCGACAUCGAAAACAUUUUAAAUUCAAGGCCACUGACGUACGUGCCACUUGAUUCAGCCGAAGAUGAAGCUCUUACGCCAAACCACUUUCUGACGGGACACUCUAGUGGUAUUCGAGAACUAACAGAUAAUACUAACUCUGGAUCGGCUCUACGGCAAAACUUUAAAAUUUCUAGCCAGUUGGCUGACCAAUUUUGGAGACGCUGGGUUAAGGAGUAUCUCCCCUGUCUUACCAGACAUGCAAAGUGGUAUCAGCCACCAGCAAACCCAAUCAAAUUGAACGACGUGGUGGUCAUCGUAGACGAAAACUCCAAGAGAAAUUCGUGGCCGAAAGGAGUAGUAAUAGAUAUGAAUUUUGGUAAAGAUGGCCAAGCUCGUAGCGCAGUAGUCAAGACAGUAAAUGGAUUAUGUACACGACCGAUAGUAAAGUUGGCGAAAUUGGACGUCGAGGUUGAAAAACGUGGGGCUACUUUCACAGAAGAAGAAAUAAGAGACUGGAAUAACGACGACUUCAUUGAAGAAGUUGAAGCUAUUGAAGAAAGCGAAUCCGAAGAUGAAGUUGAAGCUAUAGGUGGAAAUGAACAAAAGCGCAUAAGUUCAUCCGAAGCCGUAACAAUUUUCAACAAAGCUAUAGCAUGGGCAACUGCUGAAAAAAUUAGCCCGAGGAUAGUUAAUGUGCUACAAUCACUGCGCGAAAAGGCUGUAUUGGAUGCGGUAGAAAAUAAGAAACAUCAAACCAAGAUCACUGCUUUUUUCUAA